GACCAUUGACCACUUCAGAUGCGCUACACUUCGCUCUCCGAUUGCCCCAGGUCUGAAGCCUAAGCACACCAAUAUUGUCUUCCUCAAGACCCACAAAACAGCCAGCAGCACCCUGCAGAACAUACUGUUUCGAUUUGCAGAGCGCAACAACUUGACGAUGGCGUUGCCUAAACCGAAUUGUGGUCACCAGUUUUGUUACCCACAAGUCUUCUCCUCCCACUUUGUUCAUCCACAUACGCUACCACCCAACAUGAUCACCAGCCACAUGCGCUUCAAUAAGACUGCACUGCAGCGCCUGAUGCCAAAUGAUACAAUAUACAUCACAAUCCUGAGAGAGCCAGCUUCCAUGUUUGAAUCUUUGUUCACGUACUACAGCCGUCACAGUGGGAGCUUCCGAAGGGUCCCUAAUGGCUCUCUAGAGACCUUCUUAGCCGACCCCUUACAGUACUACCGUCCAGAAGAGGCAGAUUCUAUGUAUGCACGUAAUACCUUGACCUUCGACUUGGGGGGCAACAAAGAUCGACCAGCAUCAGAUGUUGCUUAUGCUCAAGCUUUUGUGGCAGAUGUAGAAAAAACGUUCUCCUUGGUGAUGAUUUCUGAGUAUUUUGAUGAAUCUCUAGUUCUCCUUCGUCAUCUUCUUUCUUGGAAUUUGGAUGACAUUGUGUAUGUCAAGCUCAACAUGCGAGUUGAAAGUUCCAAAAAGAGUCUGUCACCAAGUCUCCCUGCAAAGAUUCGUUCCUGGAAUUCAUUAGACGCAUACCUUUACGACUACUUUAAUGCAUCAUUAUGGGUCAAACUGUCAGCUCUGGGUCUAGACUGUGUGGCGAAGGAGGUGGAUCUUAUUAGACAGGCCCAAGAGAGGCUAACUAAAAGCUGUUUUGGUGGGCAGAUGCCAGUUCCACGCUCAGCUUCUGAGAUAAGGAACAAGGAUCUUCGACCUUGGCAGCCUAGUGAGAAAGUUGGCAUAAUUGGUUACGAUCUGCCAGUAAAUAUCAGCCAUGAGGCUAAGGAGCUCUGCCUCAAGUCUAUCAUGCCAGAAAUCACCUACACACAAAAGCUUCUUCAUUCCCAGUUACUGCGACACCAUCAGAUUUUACUGAGUCGGACUUCACAGAAGUCAAAUAUACCCCAACAACCUAUGCGCACAACCCUGUCUCGUCAUUCUCAGGUUCAUCGCAGCCAACCACCACCCUCUAAUGCUCAAAGUCCUGGUUCAACAACAAAGUCUAAAUUUACCCCAAAUCAAGGUGAAGGAAUAUCAAAGUCAGGGCCUAAACAGUCAAACACCAAUGCCUUGUAGAUUUUAAUAUAAAAGGAGUGCCCAAAAAGACUGCAUGGCUCCACUUAUCCUGACCAUAARACAGUGAUGGUACCUGUGGAGAUCAUGUGUGAGAAAAUUUUUUUGUUUGUUUUUUGUAUCCUUCAGAUUAACUUUGUUACAACAAAAGAAUGAAGAAAAGGAACCACAUCUUAACUUGUGCUAUAAUCUCCUCCCUCUAUGGUCUGUAAAACUUCAAAUAUACAAAAAGAAAAGAAAAGAAAAAAACACUGGGACUGAACUGGAACUAGGUCUUUUUCUGUCUUUUGACAGCAGUGUAAGAGAGUGGGUUUUAAGUGAGAGUGGUUUCUUGAAGGAAAUCUGUUGUGCAUUUUGGAACCAGUGACAUUGGGUCUACAGUAAUGCACAAUGUGAUCUUUGUGUGCAUCAGAGGGGUAUUGUAUAAUAUUACUUACUAUUAUUUACUGUUUUUUAACCUCCCCUUAACAGUCUUGGUAACGUAUGCCACUUAAAGUCCUUGAUAGACGUAAUGGCACAAGGGGAUCGGCUUUCAGGCCUUCAGAACUGAAUUCUACUCCAACCAUUAAACCCAACAGUACAAAAACAACUCUUCUUCCUUUACAAAGUCUAAAACCUAAAGCAACAGAGAGCAAGAGUAGACAAAAAGGCAGGGAAAAAAGACCUUAUCUCUAAAAAUACUGCUGGAUGCUCAGUUUGGCCACCUUUUGUGGUCGUGACUCACAAAGAGACUGAGCCCACAUUCAGUCUAAAAGACAGUACUUCCUUAGUCUUUGACCUCCCUUGGUUCUCUGAGCAUCCUUUUCACUGUUUCACAGUCUAAUCCUUUUUGUUACUUUCUACUGAGACAUCUUUAUCUGCACAGAAACACCACAAUCUGUUAUUAGUGCUCCCUGUUUGCCUCAGUCAAUUAGCUUGGAUCACAUCAUGCACUUGAUGUUCUUUUUUAGAAAGGGUAUUAUUGCAAUAAGAUUUUAAUUCAUGUUAUAAGAAAAUCAUGGAUUGAUUAAAGAACCAGCAAUCCUUCAGCACAUGCAGUUCAAACAAAACAUUGAACUACACAGGAGAAACACUUAAAGCCUGUUGGUUGUUUUGUUUCAAUAUUUAUGUUUUUAGAUCGUGGCCCUUACAUUUGCUGUAAAAUUGCAUUAAGGACACAUUUGACAAAUUAAAAUCUGCUCAAUCUAAAACACAAGGCAUUGAAGGAUAAAACAGGAAGUAAUAACCUUUAAGGCUGGUAGUCCUGUGGACCUGCUGAGAUCUUAAUAUGCCCAAACUAAUCUUGGCUUGGUGCUUUCAUCUUUAUAUUUAUUGUAAGAAGGAUUAGUAUUAUAUAACUUUAAGGUAUAAGUUUGGAGUAUUUAGGAAAAUGUGAAAGUGCAUCUGUGAGCCAUUGGAUAGUUUUCUGUAUUUCAUGUUUUUAAUAUUUUUUUAACCAGUUAUAUUAUUGUUGUCUUUAGGAUUGUGAUUCCGAUUGUGUGUUUUAUGUAUGUAUAUAUGUGUCAUAAUGGCAAACAUGACUGAGGACUAUACUGUAGCCAGUACAACUACAGAGCAGGCUUAGAUUACUUUGAGAGAUGUUUACAGUCUGUUGAAGGAUUUUAUGAUGCAAUGUUUUUUAUAAAAACAAUGACCAAGUGAAAACACACUAAUGUUGAGAACAAAAUAUAUAGGAUAAAAAAAUGAGCUUAAACAAUUAGGUACCUGGGGAAAAACAGUGCCUUGUCACACGUUAUGUUUUCUAAAAACUGUCAAGGAAUGUUUAAGUUAAGGGCCAAGUUUGAUCCUCCAAAUGCAGGUUGGAAUCAUGCUCCAAAAUGUGAUUGGUUUUAAAAGGAACUCUGACAGUAUAACCCCCCACACCUAUAGGCAUGGGCCAGUAUGAAGUCCUGAAAGUAAAAUCACUAAAAGCAAAAAUACGAUUGUUUUGCACAUGCAAAAAACAACCAAACAAAUGUAUUAUAUGUACAAAUAAUCUGGGAGGAGCCAAAGGAGCUUUAUUUUUUCCCACAGAUUAUCUGUCUCAUAUCUAUCUGUCAGAGCAUAGUGACGGCUUUUAAGAUGUUAUGAGUGUUAAAAUGAGCUGUUCUGGUUAGUUGUCAUGUUCGGGUUGGUUAGUCGUUCAGGUUAAUGUUAUUCACUGUAAGUUGACAUCAUAAGACGUACUUCCUGGGUGUGUAAGGGGGACAACUUUUCUGUUGAUAGGGCGUGUGGAGAUAGUGUGUUGUCAUCAAAACUCAAUUCCAUCGAGCUUGAUUACUGCCUACUAGCAAAGUCUCUACAAUAUGUAAAAAUUAAUGAAACUAUAACUCCCAGUUUCCUAAGUUCAUUAAUAUAACAAGAAAUUCUUUCUUAUAUUUGAGUUGGAAAUGUCCUCAAAAUAAAUAUAGAAAAUCUGGUCACCUCAAUAUAGAAUAUGACUUGUCUAUCCUUCUCCUCAUUGUGUGCCUGCCUGAUAAACUGAUCUUAGCUAAUGAAUUAGCUGGAUUAUUAGGCAUGGUAGCAACCUGCAGCCUGCUCUUGCUUUACUUCUAGACAUGGUAAUUUUUGUAGCUUGUUUCCUGGUUAUUUCAAAAUAAUACAUUAAAAAAUAAUAAAAUGAAAGAGCGUUGCAUUUCUCCUAGCUAAGCCAUGGAAGAAAUAUCACAAAGGUUAUAAUUUUGUCUUUUUUAAGCGGGAGAAAAGUUGGACGGGGUUUUCCCUCCUUUAGACUGUCAGCCAGCAGCAGUAGGUGGAGUAAGGGGGUUCUCCUCUACAGUGCAUAGGUCUACAACUGGAAGAAAAAUGUGUUUUAAAAACAGGAAUAAUUAAAUACCCUUAGGUGAUCUCCAAAUUUUGACCAUGUAACAUUGUAAAACAAGUGUACUUCUAUCUGGCCCAAGCCUAGUUUCCAUUUCCAUUUUAGUGUGAUACCAAAAAAAGUGUGGAAAUUUUUCAAAGCCACAGUAGGUAUUAUUUGUUAUUUGUUUUAUUUGUGUUUGAAACAUUAUUUAAAAUUUCGUAAUGAUCUUAUACAUGCUCUACAAACCAUUUCAGGCAGUGCAGACUGAAUUAAACAUACAACUGUAUCAAAUAUUUAUGUUUCACAUAAUGCACAGAGACCACUUCUGACAACUGCAGGUCUCCUGAGCUUAACCACACAACCAUUUUGUGGUUACAGUGUAUUAUACUGCAGAAUAUCAGUAUAUUUAUCAAAGGAUUAGAUGAAGAAGUGAUGGGCACAGCUAACCAAAAAGUUAGCUUCACUAACCACUAAUCUGCUAAACAAGAACCUUAGCUCUGCUAGCUCUAAAUCGCUAAACAGAGAAGUAAUUAACAGAAGCUAAAGAUAACUGCUAAGAUGACUGCCACUCAGUCUGUCAAACACUUUCAUCUCCUUCCUGUUGAAGACUGAUGGGACUGACACAAACCUGCUGUUAGUUUGAUUCUGUUGGUUUGAUUUUUUUGAGGAAGGCAGGAUCAUUUGUGGCAAUUUGGCCUCAUCCCUUACAGCCAUUGUUGUAGACUGGUCUGCAUGCAGUUCAUCCAUAGGUUCUUCUAGCAACAGUAACAUGAGCACGCCAUAAGUGAAAAAAAAAACAUAUUUUUAACUUCCCGCCCUUGUGUCGAGUUAACCAAUCAUGUCUUGUAAGGUGACGUAGUCAGCAAUAGCGUCCUUCAGCUUCCUCUGUGUUGACCAGUCACAGCUUAUCACAAAAUCUGGCGCAAUUUAUUUAUUCUUUUCUAUUUGGUAAGCUGCAUUGAACUGAACGUUUACCAAAACAGUCAGGUAAUCUAUCAUAGUUAUAAUUUAGCGGGAAAAAUUAGUUAGCAGAAGCUAAGUGUGCUAAAUGUUUUCUAAGUUAGCAAAAACACUAAAUCGCGAAAUUAAAAUUUAGCUCCGCUGUUAGCGUCUUAGUCAAACUGUGCCCACCACCGAGGUGUUGUGACUGAUGCAAAGAAAACUCACAUGAAAGACAAAGAUUGUGAACUCAGACUAAACUUUUGUGAAAAUACAAGGAAACCUCAGCUUUGAAAGCACGACAGCGAUUUAUUUUAUUUAUUUGAAUACAUUGUGUUUUAUUUCUCUGAGGUACAUUACACUGUUAAACCAGGUUGAGGCUUGGUUUUUUUUUUUUUUUUACUUUAAAUUAAUGUCAGGAAAAGAUCAAAAGCCACUAAAUUCUCUAUUCAGUUUCUAAUUCUGUGACACUCAGGAACUUAUUGGUAAAUACUGCAUUUUGUGGGGGCGGGGGGGGGGACUACUUACAGCUGUGGAAUACUACACAUCUGGUACGUUUUGAUAUAGUCAGUGGCUCUUUGUGCACAGAUGAUGCAUAAAAAGGUGAAUUCAUCAUUUUAUUAGCAUUUGUGGGAUUUGUUAAUAAGAAAAACGCAGUCAUUACCAGCCAUUUUUUUCCUUCUAAAUUAUAAUUAUCUCUGCUGUAUUUUAAAUCAUUUAAAAAUCAGCUGCUGUGUAAAAACAUGUUUUGCAUUCAUGUGAAACUCUUGAAUUUUUUUCCUCAACCACCUGUAAAUCUCUUGUAAAUGAACACUAAAACAAAAUGCUGUGAAACUGCAACACUGAAUUUAUGGUAUGUAUGUGUGUAACACUAUAUAAGCAUUGUUUUUAAAGAUCCAAAUAUUUCAAUAGGACACUAAUGAGUCAUUAUGAAAUGAGUGAAUAUUGUUUUUAGUUAUUUUAUUCCUGGCAUGGCAUAUUUGCACAAAACUAUUAAACUUUAAUGUAAGUCUUUUUAGUCAAACAUUCUUUAUUUGUUAAAGAAAACUAUGAAAAUUGUGACGUCAGGUAUGUAACUUACUGACUUUGGAACAAUAUACAUUUUGCAAUAAAAUAAAAGAAACGUUGGAAAUGAGUUUAAAAAUUUUUGUCAGUUUUACAGAUUUGAGUUCAUAAUGUGUCAUAAAUGUAAUUUUGAACAUUUUGGGCUUUUUUUUUUUUCACAAAAAGUUGAAGAUCAGGUACUGCCAGAAUGUGUGAUUUGAUUUUCUGCCGAGAAAUCUGCUUUUGGAUGCUGGCAAAAUGGUGUUUUGGUUCAUCUUUUGGCUGUCAUUUAAAUCAAGGUAAAUGAAGAAAACACAAUUUAAGCAGGUGACUGACUGGGAUCCAUUUGAAAGAAUGUGUGUUAAUUUAUAAUCCAUUUCUCACAGGCUGUGAGAGGCUGUAAGUGCUCUUCUGACUGUAAACAAAGCAUUUGAUGCUCUGCUUCUUUGUGUGAGUGUUUUAGUGAUUGUCAUGUAAUAUUUAAAAGGAACUAUUAUUUUAAAAUGACAGAGGGCCUUUGAAAAAUGCUAUAAUAUCCUAUAAUGUUUUUUGUUUUUAUGACUUUGUUUUAAAAGGUAUUCUCCAGUAACAUCUGGACAUUUUUGUGUUAAAAUGUAAACUGAAGAUGAAAAAUGAAGUUAAAAAAACUGUAGACAAAAGCUCAUUUUCUGUGACGUCUUCCAUCGUCUUUUCCCUCAUCAUCCUUCAUUUUAUAUUUAUAUAUCUUCAGGAUUAAUCUGUAAACUGAUCGGGAAAUAAGAGUUUGGAUUUAAUUUAAUAUUUUUUGUUCCUGUAGAAUCCUUUUAUUUUGUGAUCGAUUGAAAACAUUUGGGAUGAAUGAUGGGGCUCUGAACAAAAGAAGACAAUCAGAGUUAUGAGCUUUGUAACUAUGGAUGUGACGAAUAAAGUUUGAAUGAUUUCAA